AUGGAUACCAGAGGUCAAGAGCCAGUGGACCAAGAACCCGAGAGGAUUCCGGACAAUCAUUUCAAAGACCCCAGAAGAAACAAGGUUGAAAGAUGGCUGAGACCAGGGGUUGUACUUGUGCUAUUAAUAUGGGGGUCUGUUCUACUCUUAAGAAGCAUUAAAGGCUUGAGUGGACACAAUAAAGAUGACGGAAAUGAUUUACCAGGCUACCGAGUACCGAACUCUACACAUACGAACGACGGCUCCCUAAAAGUUACCUUGACAGAUGUCAGAAAUGGCACAUUUUCCCCAAUUGUGAAGAGCUUGCAAUGGAUUAGCUCACCAGAUUCACGAAAUGAUGAUAAGGGAUUAUUUGUGACUGUAUCCGAUGAUGCUUACAUGGUGAGAUCCGUCUUUGACAAGGAUUAUUCCCGAGUACUUUUCCAAGGCAGUUCCUUCACCUAUGAGGGUGCAAACUAUACAGUUGAGUCACUUGUAGCAUCACCAAAUCUAAACAAGCUGCUGAUUAGGACUAAGACCGUUUCAAACUGGAGACAUUCCUCGUUUGGAUCUUAUUUCGUUUACAAUAACACCGAGCAAUAUGACAAGAUCGGUGACAACCUGUCUCUGGCCCAAUGGUCACCCGAUUCUGUGAACAUUGCAUAUGUUCAGGAUAAUGACGUCUACGUGUACUCUACGGAAAAGCGUAGAACAAUCAAGAGAGUUACUGAUGAUGGAAGUACACAGAUUUUCAAUGGUAGGCCGGACUGGGUGUAUGAAGAGGAAGUCUUGGAGGAUGAUCGAGCACUAUGGUGGUCUCCCAAGGGAGACUACCUAGCUUACUUCAGGAUUGAUGAGAGCCGGGUUGGCGAAUUUGUCAUUCCAUACUAUGUUCAGCCAGAUUACGAUGUGUAUUCAGAACUACGUCGCAUCAAAUAUCCGAAGAGUGGGACACCAAACCCUGUGGUGGGACUGUGGAUUUAUGAUGUCGAAAAUACCUACGCUUACUCUGUGGAUGUAGGCAGCGACCAGCAGGACCCCAAUGAUUCCACACUGAUUACGGAGGUGACUUGGGUGGGUGAUAAACAGGCAGUUGCCAAGACAAGCGAUCGCUCUUCCGAUCUUUUAACCGUUUACUUGAUAGAUACUAAAACCCAAAGUUCAGAAGUCGUCAGGGAAAACCCAGCCAACGGCGGCUGGUGGGAGAUCACACACAACACACUUUACAUCCCAAAGAAUAAGACGCUUGGCAGGGAGAACGACGGAUAUCUGGAUGUAAUGCCCAUUGACGGCUACAAUCAUCUAGUCUAUUACUCUCCAGCGAAUAGUACAACCCCUAAGAUUUUAACUCGCGGUGAAUGGGAAGUGACUGACGGUGCAGCAGCGUUUGACUAUGAGACAAAUACUGUUUACUUCAUAGCCACAAAGAAAUCUUCGACUGAAAGACACCUCUAUGGUGUCGAUUUGAAUAAACCUGACAAGUUAUUUGAGGUAACUGACACAUCAGAGAAUGCGGUAUAUGAUGCCACUUUUUCUGCUGGUAGUAGAUUCGCAUUGGUCUCCUAUAGAGGACCAGGGAUUCCCUACCAAAAGAUUGUGGAUUUGAAAUCAAGGAAGCAUGAUAAAGAAGUCUCAGGAAACGUUGCCGGGAAAACACUAUAUUACUUGGAGGAAAAUCUGCAUUUGAAGGAGGUGCUGAAGGAUUACGCAGCUCCUAAGAGGGAAUUCAGAGAGCUGAACUUGGGCCCUGAUGAUAAUGGAGCAGACGUUAUUGUAAACUAUUAUGAAAUUCUGCCUAAUGAUUUCGACGAAACGAAGAAGGAUUACUACCCAGUCUUUUUCUAUGCUUACGGGGGUCCAAAUUCACAGCAAGUCCUACAAGCUUUUUCAAUCGGCUUCAACGAGGUCAUAGCUUCCCAGCUUGAUGCCAUUGUCGUAGUUGUCGAUGGACGCGGUACAGGAUUUAAGGGCAAAGAUUUUAGGUCCCUGGUUCGUGAUAACCUCGGUGAUUACGAAGCGCAAGAUCAGAUUUCAGCGGCCGCGAUAUACGGGAACAAGACUUAUGUCGAUGCUACCAAAAUCUCAAUUUUUGGUUGGUCAUACGGUGGUUACCUAACGCUGAAGACAUUAGAGAAAGACGCUGGCAAACAUUUCAAAUACGGGUUGUCCGUGGCACCAGUGACAGAUUGGAGUCUAUACGAUUCGGUAUACACAGAGCGCUACAUGCACACACCACAGGAGAAUUCCCAAGGUUACGAGGUAUCUAGGGUUCACAAUGUCACUGCUAUAGGUCAAGCAAAGCGCUUCCUCCUAAUGCACGGGACAGGAGACGACAACGUCCAUUUCCAGAACUCGCUCAGAUUCUUGGACCUCUUAGAUCUCCAUGCUGUCGAGAAUUAUGAUGUUCAUGUCUUCCCAGACUCGGAUCACAGCAUCAGAUUUCAUAAUGCCAACAAAAUCGUCUACGACAAGCUUCUUUCUUGGACAAGGCUCGCCUAUACAGGACAAUUUCUCUACUAG